AUGACUCCAUUAGGCCAGAAUGGCCGUGGUAACGCAUCAUCGACGCCUCCAGUACAGGGUCAUCGAGAUGCCUCUACUAGUAGUGGAGGAUGGCGAGGGGAUGAUGUUUUGAAGCAUCCAAAUUGCGAGCUCGGUUUCGAGAGCUACGAGUUUGCUCUCCUCUUGAUCGGCGAGGGAUCGGAGUAUUGGGAGUAUUUGUUCUAUGUCGGCUUUGGCGCUUGUGUUAGCGGCCCUGGCCAGCUUCAAAAGAAAGAUCGCGUGCGCCCUACACUCGUCCCUUUAAGUAUACAAAAGACGUGGACAAAGGCGCCCGCGGUACAUUCAUUCGAUAUAGGUCUUUCAAUGUCUCAAAGGAAACGUGGUGUGAAGGUUGGCAUUGACGGCUCUUAA